CCGCCCCGCCGCUGACGGCGGCCGACGGGGGCCAAGCUUCCGCUGAGGCGGCCGGCGCCGCCGCCUCGCUGUGUAGGUUUUUCGGAGUCCUCCGUCUCCCUGUCGCCCGGCCAUGGAGCUGUGGCAGGUGCCGCUGCUCUUCUCGCGACUGCCCAUGUUCCCAUUCUUCGACCUGGCGCACUAUGUGGCCUCCGUCAUGGCGCUGAAAGAGCAGCGGGGAGCUGUGGAAGUAUCAGUCCAAAGUCCAAUUGCCUGCUGGUUUAGUGCUAUGCUUCAUUGCUUUGGUGGUUCAGUUUUGUCUUCAUUGAUGCUUGCAGAACCGCCAGUAGGGUUUCUGGCAAAGGGCACAAAUAUUCUACUGGCAUCUUCCGUCUGGUAUUUUGUGUUUUACUGCCCACAAGACUUGUUCUGUCGGUGCUUUGCCUUUCUGCCUCUUCGGCUUCUGGUUGCAGGAAUGAAAGAAGUGACUAGGACUUGGAAGAUAACAGGUGGCGUUGCGCAUGCAGACAGUCACUUCAAAGAUGCCUGGCUUGUCAUGGUAGCUGUGGGCUGGGCCAGAGGAGCUGGUGGUGGCCUAAUUUCCAACUUUGAGCAGCUAGUGAGAGGAGUAUGGAAGCCUGAAACCAAUGAACUACUGAAGAUGUCCUACCCUGUGAAGGUAACUUUGAUAGGAGCAGUUCUUUUCACCUUGCAACACAGCCAGUACUUGCCAAUAGCAAGGCACAACCUCAUGUUUUUAUACACCAUCUUUCUUGUUGUUUCCAAGGUAACAAUGAUGCUGACAAGAUCUGCAGCUUCUCCAUUUGCUCCCCUUGAGGCUGCAUUAGGUCAUAUGUUCUUCGGCUUGCAAAAGACACCAUCCAAAAUGAAGGGUGAAGGUGCUGCAUCUUCCAAUGGCUCCUCAGUCUGUGACCGAUCUUCUGAGCAGCACCAUAAUGGUGUUAAGAAAAGGCAGGCAAAGAAAACAGAAUAAGUGGCUUAAAAUCCUUGAUGGUCAUAACCUUUGAAGAUGUUUGUAUUUCAGAUUAGGCUGGCUGAGAAAUUUGUUUAAAGAAAUGCAUGUGAGGAAAGGAUAGGGCUGUAUCCUGCUGUGUUGUUGUUUGCCUUUGGAAUGUGUUUUGUAAGCUACUGUUCAGAUGUCUAAAUGCACUGUUGGAUUUGUAAGUUAAAACCAACAAAUAUUCAUAGUGAUUAUAAGUUUACUACGUUUUGUAUUUAUGAUAACUUUAAAUGCUUACAUGCUAAAAAGAUAGUUUCAAAAUGCAACAAUCAGCCUUGUUAACUUUUCUGAUCUAUCUCUUGUUUCACCUCUUCCGUCCACUCUCACCCUUCACCUUCUUAUGUUUCAUUUGGAUAGCAUGGAUUUGCACUGCCAGGUGUUCAUGAUGGCACGUAUCAAAUAAGGACAUCAUCUGAGUAAGGUUUAAUCACAUUGUGCUGUAAAACCAUGAAAAUAUACUGAACUAAUGCCUUUAGGAAAAUAACUGAAUUACUGUUGUAAUUCACAUUGCACUGGUCUAGAUUUCUAUAUUUACUUAAGUAAUUUUCAUAUUUUUCUAUUUAAAAAAGAGUGAAUUAUCUGGCACUUUUAAAAAUCUUUACAGUUAACCAAGUAGAAACAUUUAAGUGCUUUUGUUGUUACUUUUGUCUUACUUUGACGCUUUAUUUGCAAACAUUUGAUAUAGCUGUUUUUCAUGUUACGUAGGGGAUAUACGUAUUGUAGUCUUUCAGUUUGACUGGGACUAGACAUCUCCACCUGUGCUUUUAUCCAAUCAUAUGAAUAUUUUUACUUUUCAAAGCCAAACUUCCUUUAAAAAAAGUAGUAUUGAACAGUACAUUUACCUUGUUUCUCAUGAGUUCAGCCUUGUUAUGCCUGAUAUUAAUAAAUACCAGCACUAGUUUGUAGCAACUACCUCUGGUGCUACUGGGGAAGAAGCCUGGUGCCACUUGCAGAAUUCUGGGGUUUUUGACCAUGGGUCGGUUUACAUGACACUGGGCCUGCUGGUGUCUGAUGGAGUAUCCCUGUCUCAAAGGAGGGAAAGGAGCUUUGCGCAGGAGAUUGCAGGGCUUAUUGAAAGAGCUUUAAAUAAGAUUUGAAAGGGAAGAGGGAUAAAAUCAGGCUCACUAGAGAUAAGCCUGCAGUCAGCAUGUCAAUGCUAGAGGGACAAUGUGCUAGUGAGGCCCUUCAGUCUGCUGUCUCAGUGGAGGUAGGGGAUGGAGAUACAUGCGACAGCAAAGACACACGAGUUAUUGAUGUUUUGGAUAUCACAGAAGUGCCUCAGAAUGGCCACAUAGGGCCAUCCUCAUGUGCUGAAAGAUGAGCCAGCGGGGAAAAAAAAGGAUUGCCAAGCAUCAGAACAGGCUGCCCACAGAAGUGGUGGAGUCACCAUUCCUGGAGGUACUUAGAAGACAUGUAGAUGUGGUAUUUAGGGACAGUGUCUAGUGGUGGACUUGGCAGUGUCAGGUUAAUGGCUGGACUCGAUCUUAAAGGUACUUUCAAACCUAUCUGAUUCUAUGGUUCUGUAAUAUCAGAGGCACUGAAACUAUUUAUUUGAUGAAAUCUGCCGCUUCUUGCUCAUUGCAUCUUUUUUUCUCACGAUGUGGAGCAGUCUUCGGUGGCAUACACUUCGGAACUGAGAGCUGAGAUAUUACAUUUCAUAAGAAUAGAAUCUUUUCAGAGGAAUCUUUCAUAGAUGUGCCAAUUUUUAGAAUAAAUUAAACUAUUUUUAGAGAAUUAGAGUAUUUUUCUUCAGAGAAUACUGCUUUGAAGAGUGUACUUCAGCAGGAGAAGGUAGUUUAAUCUUUGUGCAGAUAUGCCAAAGAGAAUGUAAAGGCAGAUCUGAUUUGAAAAGACAAAGUUCUAGUUCCAGGUACAUAUCUAAAUUUAGAAAAGCUGUCACCAGUGCUGUGCUUAGAGGAAGAAACAGAAAGUACCCAAGAAAUCUGUGUGCCUGUCUAGUCACAUUUCCAUGAUGAUAGUGACCAAAACCAUUGAAUCUCCUCAGCUUGGAAUCCAACUUCAUAGCAAAAGUGCUGUACCUUGAAAGCUAAAAUAUAUUUUUUUUCAACAGAAAAUAAAAGAACCAAAAAAACACAAACCAACCAACCAAAAACCACCCCAAUUCUUUGAACAAAAUAGCAAUCAUAUUCCUGACAUUUUACACUGAAACUUGGUGUAGUUAUAAAUGCUUGGAAUAGUUGCUUGUGAGGUGUCUCAGUUUUUUUGUAUCUUUGUAUUAUGGAUGUAUGGAUAAGCUUGAAGCUGCCAACUAACUAGUGAUGAUGAUCAACUAGUUAUUCAGCAAAAUCAACAGAAGUUGUUUGUUCACAGUUUCUCAAACUCUUUUGGAUGUUUUUUUUAAAGCUCUAAUUGUGUAUACCAUAUCUCAAGAACCAUACAGAAUUGGACUGUGGUAUGGAACUAUGUGGCACAACUGUGAAACACUGGCUUAUAACUUGCUACUCUUAGCCCAGAUAAAUGUGAAAAUAUGCUUA